GGAAUGAAGCUGCCGCGGGUGCGGGCGCAGGGACGGCUCCGCGCAGCGCCGCGCACCGCGGGCUCCCGCUGCUGAGGCGCGGAAAAAAAAAAAAAAAGAAAAAAAAAAAAAAGAAAAAUUUUAACCCCCUCAAACUUCCUCAGUUUGUGCUCUAGGAACUCCCUGCUGCAGGAUGAAUUAGGGAGGGAAGGACUCUUCCUCUGAACCAUGGACACAAGGGCGUCCUUCAUCGCCACCAUGCAAGAGACCCAGCAUCUCUCCCCAGAGAAGGAUCAGAGCCCAGCCAAUGGCGACCAGGAGCAGUUUGAUUCAGAUGAGGGCUCCAGCAUUGAGGAUGCAGACUUCAACUGGGAUGAGUUCCUGGAAGAAACAGGAGCCAGCGCUGCUCCCCACACCUCCUUCAAACACGUUGAAAUCAGCCUUCAAAGCAGUUUCCAACCAGGGAUGAAAUUAGAAGUGGCCAACAAGAGCAAUCCGGACACGUACUGGGUGGCUACGAUCAUCACAACAUGUGGACAGCUCUUGCUGCUUCGUUACUGCGGCUAUGGAGAUGACCGCAGGGCGGAUUUCUGGUGUGACGUAAUGACAGCAGACCUUCACCCCGUUGGCUGGUGUACGCAGAAUAAUAAGGUCCUGAUGCCUCCGGAUGCAAUCAAAGAGAAAUACGUGGACUGGACGGAGUUUCUUAUACACGAUUUGACCGGCUCCAGGACUGCACCUGCAAAUUUACUGGAAGGCCCUCUGCGAGGAAAAAACCCUGUAGACCUCAUUACAGUUGAUUCCUUAAUAGAGCUGCAGGAUUCCCAGAAUCCCUUUCAGUACUGGAUAGUUAGUGUGGUUGAAAAUGUUGGAGGAAGAUUACGCCUUCGCUAUGUGGGAUUGGAGGAGACUGAAUCCUAUGACCAGUGGUUGUUUUACUUGGAUUGCAGACUUCGACCAGUCGGUUGGUGUCAAGAGAAUAAAUACAGAAUGGACCCACCUGCAGAUAUCUAUUCUCUGAAGACUGUAUCUGAGUGGAAAUGCGCUCUGGAAAAAUCCCUUACUGAUGCAGCAAAUUUUCCUCUUCCAAUGGAAGUAUUCAAGGACCAUGCUGAUUUGCGAAGCCACUUCUUCACUGUGGGGAUGAAGCUGGAGGCGGUGAAUAUGAAGGAGCCAUUUCAUAUCUGUCCUGCAUCAGUGACCAAGGUUUUUAACAAUCAUUAUUUACAAGUGACCAUUGAUGACCUGAGACCUGAACCCAGCAAAAUCUCAAUGCUUUGCCAUGCGGAUUCCUUAGGGAUCUUGCCAAUACAGUGGUGCCAAAAUGGAGUCAAUCUCACACCUCCCAAGGGUUACUCUGGCCAGGACUUUGACUGGGCUGAUUACCAGAAGCAGUGCGGAGCGGAGGCGGCGCCUCACCAGUGCUUCAGAAACACAUCCUUCAGUCGUGGUUUUACAAAGAACAUGAAGCUGGAGGCAGUGAACCCCAGGAAUCCUGCAGAGAUAUGCGUCGCCUCGAUCACCUCAGUUAAAGGACGGUUAAUGUGGCUUCACCUUGAAGGUUUACAGAUGCCCUCUCCAGAGUAUAUAGUUGAUGUAGAGUCUAUGGACAUUUUCCCAGUUGGCUGGUGUGAAGCGAAUGCUUAUAACCUAACUCCACCACACAAAGCUGUUUUGCGAAGGAAGAGAAGAAUUGCAGUUGUGCAACCAGAAAAGCAGUUACCAUCCACAGUGCCUGUUGAGAAAAUACCUCAUGACCUCUGCCCAGUUCCUCAGCCAGACACAACAGGCACCAUCAAUGGGAGAUACUGCUGCCCCCAGCUCUACAUCAACCACCGCUGCUUCUCAGGUCCAUAUUUAAACAAAGGCAGAAUAGCAGAGCUACCUCAGUCUGUCGGGCCUGGCAAGUGCGUGCUGGUCCUUAAAGAGGUUCUGAGCAUGGUGAUCAAUGCAGCUUACAAGCCAGGGAGUGUUUUACGAGAACUGCAGCUAGUGGAAGACCCUCAGUGGAAUUUCCAAGAGGAAACACUUAAAGCAAAAUACAGAGGGAAGACGUACAGGGCGACUGUUAAGAUUGUGCGAACGUCGGAUCAGGUGGCGGAUUUCUGCAGAAGAGUCUGUGCAAAGUUGGAGUGCUGCCCCAAUUUGUUCAGCCCUGUGCUGGUGGCUGAAGUCUGCCCGGAGAACUGUUCCAUUCAUACUAAAACCAAGUACACUUAUUAUUAUGGGAAGAGGAAAAAAAUCAUUAAGCCACCAAUUGGGGAAAAUAACAACAUGAAAAGUGGUCAUGUCAAGCCAGCCAGACGCAGAAAAAGGCGGAAAUCCAUCUUCGUGCAGAAGAAAAGGAGGUCAUCAGCUGUUGAUGUGAAUGCUGCAGGCUCUGGAGAGGAGAGUGAAGAUGAUGAGCCAGAUGUGAUGGAGGACGAGACAGGGAGCGAGGAAACGAGCUCCGAGCUACGCGACGACCAGACCGAUACCUCCUCCGCCGAGGUGCCCUCCACCAGGCCCCGGCGAGCGGUCACCUUGCGGAGCAGCACCGAGUCGGACAGGCCUCCUCCCACGGAGAGGGCCCGGCGGAGCCGCAAACCCCAGCCCCUCUCCUUCGGUGAGGCAGAGAAGUGCUCGCAAGUCAAGGAAGAAAUUAAGCAUGAAGAGGAAGAGAAGCUUGUCUUGGACAGUAAUCCGCUGGAGUGGACUGUGACGGAUGUCGUGAGGUUUAUUAAACUGACUGACUGUGCACCCCUUGCCAAAAUAUUUCAGGAGCAGGACAUCGAUGGCCAAGCCCUCCUGUUGCUGACACUGCCCACGGUGCAAGAAUGCAUGGAGCUGAAGCUUGGUCCAGCCAUCAAACUGUGUCACCAGAUUGAGCGAGUAAAAGUUGCUUUCUAUGCACAAUAUGCCAACUGACUGCACUUCUCCAUUUCUUUCUAUUCCCCUUCUUGUUCCCUCUCUUUUUUAACAUUGUGACUUGUUCAAGUUUUUCAUCCCCUCCCUCUUUUCUUUUCCAAAAAUACACGGAAUUGGAAGCUCUGGGAAUUAAUCUAUGGGGGAAAAAAUAACACAACGAAAAACUAGCAACAAAUUGAACUAAUUUUUCAGUACUUGUAGUAAAGCACACUGAAAGAUUGCUGGCAUCUCUCCUCGUGAGCCUCGCCAACCCAUUACGCUGUGGUGCCAGGCCAGCUUUGAUCAGACAGUUUGUCAUUCUUUAAAGCAAAGCUACGGAUGGCGGACACAUUCCCAAGGAGAAUGGUUGGACAUUUUCGGCUGAUGAUGGUUUGUGUAGGUCAAUUUCGGGACAUGAACAAUCCUUUUAGCCAACUCUGACACACUUCUUUCAUAUUGAAAUGGAAGUGAACAUCUGUAACAUGACCUGGGCUUUACUUCAAAUUGAUCUUAGUGAUCAGUGGGCUUUUUUUGACCCCCCCUCUCCAGUCAUACGAAAGGAUGAAGUGUUAUACCAGUCGUAUGCUACUUGUUAUACCGGAGUGAUUUAUAAAGGAGGACUCAACCCAUGGUCUCUGUAUGUUAUCAGACAAAGCUGCAGUGAAUUGACAGGGCUGCACCAAGACCUAAGGCACAGUAAUGCUUUCUGAGCCAUGCUGGCUGUGUACAAGAAGCUGAAUGUCUCAGUGAUGGGAUCUGUACAGUAUUGCAUUCUUGUAAAGGACCAUGCAUGAUAUCCUUCAUAGUCAAGCCCAUCCAGUUAAAUUCAAGUCACUUCAAAGGCCUGGUUUUGGAGUCCAUGGCAUUAAAAAAAAAAAAAAAAAGGUGUUCAGAUUUAUUGGUGAGACUGUUGAGAAAGUGCUGAUUUCACUUUGCACCUUCAUGAAUCUAGUUGAUAGGUGGGAAUAAAAAUCAUCAAUGUUUUCAGGCUGCAGUGUUUUCAGGUAAAACACCAGCUGAGGAUCCAGCCCAUUGCACCCUCUGUCACCAGUCUGUAGACAGCCUCCAAAUUGUCCCAAUGGCACCCUGGCCAGUGAAACUGGGGGCUUGCUUUGUGCCAGGUAGGGUGAGCAACAGAGAGGGUUUGCCUUAGUUGUAUAUAUAUAGGAUAAGUAUUUUCCAUUUACCUUACAGGGAUAUAUGACCCUCUGAGUCCCACAUGUUGAGCCUGAUUUUUCUGUAACUCAGAAGAGGUCAGUGACAUCACAUUGGCAUAAAAUUCUCACAAAAGCAAGAACCAAACUAAUUCUUCAGACCAAGUCUGAAUUUUGAUCUGACUUUAAGGUGCAAUAGAAUUGAAUCCAUCCAUCAGAAGGCGAAUUGGAUGGUUUGUCCUGAGUUUUAGCCUGAUUUCGUAGGAAACCACUGAUUUCAGUAGUCUUUUAUUCACAAAUCAUGAACAGACCAUAGUUCCCUGGCCUCAGUGUACUCACCCUUGAAAUUUAACACAGUGAUACUACAACGCUGUAAUGCCAGAGCCACCUUGCUGUAAUGCCAGAGCCACUUUGCCAAGACCUCUUCAAAAAGAAAUGCCAUUUCUAACCCUAAAUCUGAAAUCAGUGUUUACAGCCCCCACCUCCAGCAGUUACCAUAUGUUGACAACAAACUUGGAUCAGAAAAUCCUGCGGACCACAGUGUGCUCAGAUAAACCUCCUGGCCAACACCAGGCUGUCACUGCUGCUUUCUCCUUCAUCAAUUAUCACCUUAGAUUCUUUGGAUUAAAGGUGGAAAGCCUCAGAAAUAAACAUUCUGGACUACAUCCAAAUCUGCUCUGGAGCAUGUGUUAGGCAAGAAGUGUUGACUCUUUUGCCAUGCAUCACUGGAGACUUUCAAGUCUGUCUUUCAGGGAUUUUCCUGAUUUGCCACUGAGGAAUGUGAUGGGUGCAACCACUGCAGGCUGGGCCAGACCCUGCCAGCUCCUGGGACUUCACCGAAGAUCUUCUUACAUGGGAGAUCAGGAGGACUGGACCUGCUGUCAGCUGUUGUCUUGUACUGAAGAUCUUGUUGUUCAAGUUUUAACCAAAUGAAGGGAAAAGAAGUAGUCACCUCUGUGCCAAAUGGUUUUCUUUUGUUUCUCAGAAAUCCAGGAAUAGGAUUCUGGACUGUUGCAGACAUUCAAAAACUUGGCUUUAGACUGGAUUUCAUACUACUUUGGAUUCAUCUAACUAUCCUACUACUUUGGAUUCCUCUAAAGAUCCCCUAAAAACAUCACACCUCAUUUCAUCUCUGAAAAGAAAGGGAUUCUACCCAGCAAAAAGAGAGCAGAGCUGG